UACCCUAAAAAAAAGUCCUUGAAAUAAAAUAACAAUAUGAUAGUUAUAUAUUUCUUGAUAAUAAUUUGAUAGUUUAUUGAGACAAAGUUAAUAAUAGUAUAAAAUUAAAUAAUAAACACAAAAAUGCUAUGACUUACAUUUACUCAUUUUCCUAUAAACAGUCCCAUUUUCCCAAACCCCAAACAUGAUUCUCUCCCUCCUCAUUUCAUCUCUCUCUCUCUCUCUCUCCUCUUUUUUAACUUCUCCGAAAUUUCGAAUACGUCCACUCCUAAAAAAUCUCAGUUGUGCUAACUGAUUACUGACACUUGAAUUUAUUUUUCUUCUUUCCAAUUUGUUUCUUCUCUGUAAUUUUCAACGGUUACGAUGAGGCAACCAAUCAGAGAGAGAGAAUUGCCCGGAAUGAACAGUAUGAACUCGGUGCUGAACCAGCACCAGAUCUUAUCACUCGAAGAAAUCCACAACCACGGCCAAUCUCAGAUGUUUCCGUCCUCUAGCUUCGAUCCGGCGUCGUCGCACGACGAUUUCCUCGAGCAAAUACUGUCCUCCGUUUCUUCCUCCGCCGCCGCCUCCUCCUUCCCCUGGGCUGAAGAUCAGCCGGCGUCGGGUAUGGUGGCGAAUUUGGAGGAGCAGUCGGCGGCGCUGGCUUCCAAAAUGAGGCAGCAACAGAUCGGCAACGGCGGCGCCGCCGCCGCAAAGACGUUGAUGCUUCAGCAGCAGCUGCUGCUCGCCAGAGGACUCGCCGCCGGUAAUGAGAAUUUGCCUCAUUCCGAUUACAACGACGCCGUUGAUGGCCCAUCCUCAAAUUAUGCUAAUCUGGCAAAUGAUGCAUCGAUUAAAGCUCUGCUCAAUGGUUUCACCGGAUCCCUAGGUCAAACUUCAAAUCAAUCUCAGCAUUUCCACCACUCUCAGCGAGGAGCAAUGCAGCAGUCUGAGAAUUUCGGAGCGCCGGCGGCGCCGGCGUUGAGUCAACCGGCGGCGAGCGGCUCUGCGGGACAGCCGAGGCAGAGGGUGAGGGCUAGGAGAGGACAAGCUACUGAUCCUCAUAGCAUCGCCGAAAGAUUAAGAAGAGAGAGGAUUGCGGAGAGAAUGAAGGGUUUACAAGAGCUUGUACCCAACGCUAACAAGACAGACAAGGCCUCAAUGCUGGAUGAGAUCAUCGAUUAUGUCAAAUUCCUCCAGCUCCAAGUCAAAGUACUGAGUAUGAGCAGAUUAGGGGGUGCAGCAGCAGCUUCUCCUUUACUAGCUAAUAAAUCACAUGAGGGAAGGGGCGGCAAAGGCGCCCAUACGGCGGCGUCAUCGUCAUCAAACAAGAACGAGGGCGCAACGGUGGCGGAGCAGCAGGUGGCGAAGCUGAUGGAGGAGGACAUGGGUUCCGCCAUGCAGUAUCUCCAAGGGAAGGGCCUCUGCCUAAUGCCCAUUUCUCUCGCCACCGCCAUCUCCACCGCCACCGGCCACUCCAGGAAUCCACUCCUUCACGGCGGCGAAGCUGGUGGCCCGUUGUCACCUAGUUUGUCGGCAUUGACCGUCCAAUCUGCGACGAUGGGCGGCGGAGAUGGCUCCCUUAAGGACACGGCUGCUGAGUGAGUGAUGAGAAACGGCGUUGUACUUUUUCUUUGACGGUUUAACCCCUUCCCCAUGGAGAAAGUGGCCGUGAAGCCCUAUUGUUAAUUAAUAAUAAUAAAUUAUUAUUUAUUUUAGGGCUUAAGUUCACUUUGCUUGUAGCUCCUUGUACCAUGAGUUGGUAAUUUGGUUUCAAUUUACCCCCAAUAAUUUUUUAGAUC